AUGCCUGGACGGCAUUCCAGGUAUAAUAUAGCUAAGGAAUUUAUUAAGGAUGUCCAUACAAUAAAUCUGGAAGAUUUUCAGUACAUAGGGACAAAUAUCACAGGAUUCCGAAUAGUGGACGAAGAUGCAUCUGGCUUCCAAGAGAUCGUUCAGGAAUGGAGAUCAGGUCCUGCCUCUAGGAAGAUGCCAGACAUCGAUCUCGUCCACUACGCGAAGAACUUUACGACGGAGGUGGCGCUUGUUUACGACGCGGUAUGGACUUUCGCGACAGCGCUGAACACUUUGGACAAAAGUCAACGUCUGCAGCUCAAACCUAUCUCCUGUGAUACAGAAAAACCUUGGUCCCACGGAUUAGCACUUUCAAGCCACAUGAGAGAGGUGGAGUUACAGGGGCUGACUGGACGUAUUGUAUUCGAUGAAAAUGGCCUACGCACAAAUUUCACAGUCAAAGUAAUCGAUCUUACACAUUUGGGUAUGAAAGAG